AAUGCAAGGGUUAAACCACUGGGCAGAGUGUGUCAGACACCAGUUGGAAACGAUUCUCAAACAAACCAAACCAAAACCACCAAGAUGAACGGAAGGAUUAUGUUCUACGAGGACAGGAACUUCAUGGGACGUUCCUGGGAGUGCAGUGGAGACUGCGCCGACAUGUCCUCCUACAUGAACCGCUGCCACUCCUUCAGGGUGAUGAGCGGCUGCUGGAUGUUCUACGACCAGCCCAACUACAUGGGUCACCAGUACUGCUUCAGGAGGGGAGAGUACUCUGACUACAUGAGCAUGUGGGGAUCCAGCAGCUGGGUCAGGUCUUGCCGUAUGAUCCCCAGGUACAGUGGACACUACAGGAUGAGGAUGUACGAGAGGGAUAACUACAUGGGCCAGAUGAUGGAGAUGAACGACGACUGCGACAACUUCAUGAACCGCUACAACUGGUCCCAUGGAUGCCAGUCCUGCCACGUGAUGGACGGACACUGGCUCUUCUACGACCAGCCCAACUACAUGGGCAGGAUGUGGUACUUCGGACCCGGACACUACAGGAACUUCAGCAACUAUGGCAACAAUAGGUUCAUGAGUAUGAGGCGCAUCAUGAGCGACUGGUACUAAAUACUGAAAACAAAGAUCUACGGCUAAAGAUUUUGAACAUUUUUCAAUAAAAUGUAAUAAAAUAACUGAAAAAAA